GUUCACACUUCGUUGUGAUUAAAUAUACGAGUAUAAGUAUAAGUCGUCUAACCACAUUUCAUUUAGUAGAGCUCUUGUAACUACACGCCUUAUUGUAAAAUGUAGUGUGUCGCUCUGUACGGAUUAUUAAAAUAAAAUUUUAUUAAUUUAAAAAUGUCAAUCGAUGGUGUGCAAGUAUUGAGUGGUUGCGAGGACCACAACGGUGAGAAAAACGGCUGUCAUUCGACCUCACAAGGCUACUCUUUGUCACACGGUUCUCACCAUCCACACAGAAAGGUGUACGAUAAUGAAGAGGAAUAUCUACAAAACGAUUCAAAUGACAAUUUGGAUUCUGUUAGAUAUCCUGAUGGCUCGGUUCGCCUUCGCAACCCGAACAUCGAACUCAUGGAUCAGGAUAUAUUGUACCAUCUGGCCCUGGGAAGUGGUUCCCAUGAUCUCGUAGAGAUGUUUGGGGAUGUUAAGUUCGUAUGUAUGGGUGGUACUCCAAAGCGUAUGGAACAAUUCGCUUAUAACAUUAUGGCAGAAAUCGGACACAAGUUGCCCUGUGGAACCACUCUUCAAGAUAUAAGCCAAUUUUCGUAUCGUUACUCUAUGUACAAAGUUGGGCCUGUACUGUCUAUAAGUCAUGGAAUGGGUAUCCCGUCCGUGGGUAUUCUCCUCCACGAGGUGAUAAAGCUGAUGUACCAUGCGAAGGUCCGUGACCCGGUGUUCUUUAGGAUAGGCACCUGUGGGGGUAUCGGCAAUGAGGGGGGGACUGUCGUUAUAUCGGAGGAAGUGGUGGAUGGAGCACUGCGGAAUGUUCUUGAAGUGAUGGUGCUCGGCAAAACACUUCAAAGGCCAGCCAAAUUAGAUAGAAGAUUGGCGAGGGAGCUUAAAGCCUUGGCGGAUCCCGAAGACCCUUACGAUACAGUCACUGGCAAAACCAUGUGUACUUAUGAUUUCUAUGAAGGCCAGGGUCGUUUAGACGGUGCAUUCUGUGAUUUCACUGAGGCGGACAAGAUGGAAUACCUUGAAAGGGUCCACAAAUCUGGGGUCGUGAAUAUUGAAAUGGAGUCGCUCGCUUUUGCGGCGCUCACUCACCACGCUGGUAUAAAAGCGGCUGUUAUUUGUGUCACGCUGCUUGAUAGACUGAAGGGAGAUCAGGUCUUAGCGCCUAAAGAGGUUCUGGACGAGUGGCAGCAGCGUCCUACGAAACUUGUCUCUCGUUACAUCAAACGUAGAUACUUAUAAUGCAUGCAUUACACGUACAAGAUCUAUUUUUCAAUCACACAUUAAUCGGAUAUUUGCAAAUGAAAGGUCGCCUUUCUUUAGACGGCCACGGUUCAGUCGCUGUGAAGAGCCCACGACGAUUUAAACUUGUUCAGCAGGAGUCUGAAACUUACGAUUAAAUUAUUUGUCUUGACUCAAAACAUGGAACUAUAAAUGAAUAUUUGUACGUUCAAUGACGAGUUAUUUUAUCAAUGAAGAUGACGUUAGAAAGGCUAGAUUUUACCUACACAGUAUGAAAAUUAGUAUGUGUUUGGGCACUUUAGGUCUGUAUUAAGCAGAUUAUUAAAGUAUUAGAAAUGUCUGUCAUUUGGUUAAUAUUGCACCGAAAAAUUUUACUCGUAUGUUUUGCAUGUAUUGAAUUUAAAUGAUUCGAUGCGAAACGUUAUAUAACGUGUUAAGUUAUGGGUACAAAAUCAAAAUGAUAAUGAAAUGUUUGUGUACUGCCAUUAUUAUCAUAUUCCUUCUAUUACUAUAAGACCCUGUUCGUUUUUCUAUAAGAUUCACGUAUCUCUUACAACUUAUAUUACACACAGUACAUUGUUUGAUUAAACACGUAUAAUUUAAUAUUGGUGGACUUACUGACUUCGAUCAACGAACUGAUUGAUGCCUAUCGCAAAAAACUGUAAAUUAAUAGAAAACUUAUUAUGUAUAAUAGAUGUUGCCGUUUUAUUAUACCGCCGUUACGGAAAAUAUGUAGAUUGCAUUUUAUCAGUGUUGUAUUUUAUAUAAAUAUUAUAGGUAUUUUACUUGGCAUUUUGAAUUUUUUAUCUGCAGUGUUUAUUGAUGGUAAUGAGUUGAAAAGUGAAAUAUACAUAAGUUACUGUUAGAUUAAAAUUACAUAGUAGCGAGAUUGCACUUGUAUUUCUUUUGAUGAAAUUUUAUUGUUGUUUAUAACAGUUUGAAUACGUAUUUUUCUGUGCGUUUAUUGUAGAUUUGUUAUUUCCUAUUAUUUUUAGUAUUUUAUACCAACAUUGAUAUAAAAACAUAUCUCUAUUUCUAACCGAGUUCUAUUCUACUUAAGCAUUUUAUUAUAAAUGUCUUUGACCAAAUACAUUUUUAUGAAUAAGAAAAUUGUGACAGUUAAAGGCUACAACUUGAUAUUUGUUUCCUGCACUGGUUUUAAAUGUAGAUUGCCUAGACACGAUCUACUUAAAAAUUAUUGGAAAUAUUCUGUAUGUACCUAUCUACCCUUAACCGUAUUGUAUAUUUUAUAAAAUUUUCUAUCGUUUUAUUACCACAAUACAAAAUGAUGUUUUAAAACAUUUUUGACUGUUAUUUGUCUUUUAAUGUAAUAAGCAUUCUACUUGUAGAAAUAAAAACAUUGACGUUAAUAUAAUACACUUCCGUUCUACUUAAAAUGUCUAAGACAUAUUUCUCGCAAUUAAACAUUUUAUGAUAUAAAGUAGAUAUUAUUAAUUGACCUUACCGCUGACUAAUAAGCAAGUACUUGGUUUAAUUCGUAUUCAAAUUUGUAAUUACUUAUCGUAAUAAUACUUCAAAUUAAUAAUUUCGAUAUACCCUGUAGGUAUAAAAUACUUGAAUAUAUUAAUACUUAAGGAUUUAUCAAAGUCGAGAGGGGCUUAUGAUGUACUUUGCCUAAAUUGAGUUCCUAAAUGAACGGUAACGUUAUUUCCAAUUGACUUUUCCAUUUCCAUAAAAUUAUGUCACUAUAUAUCUGUCUGUAUGCCGUUAUAAGUUCUGUGUGUAGACGUCUUCUUUAUGAAUAUAAUGUAGAGUGGAGGUACAACGUAUGAUAAUUUGUACCUUAGCUUAGUAUCGGCUAUAAAGUCGAACUCUAAUGUGCUUCCACAAUAUUGUAUUUUAUUGUUGUUGAUUGUUCAUACACAAGCUGUUGUCGAUAUUGCUUAAGGCGUUACGGUCUUGUUAAUUAGUAGAUGUAGAAUCUCGACACGGACCUAAUGUUAAGAAUGUUUCCGUGUAAUUAUCUAAUUGAAAUAUUUAAUAAAAACAUAUAUGUAAGUUAGUUAUUUAAUCAACGAUUGAGUUUACGAUGGUAAUGACAAAUUAUUAUAAAUAGAUAGAUAGUUCACUAUGAAUAUAUCACUUGUAUUCUAUGGCACCAAUAUUAAUUAUUAUAGCCUCUAUUAAUGUAAUUAAUUAAGUAUUUGUAAGUGUUAUACAAACUAGAAAAAAUCAUAAAAAUAUGUUCUUUCUUCUCGCUAACCUUAGAAAAUGAGUGGACAAAACCUUAUACUUCAUAAUGAACAAUUCUAUAGAUCCUAUCUACCGUUAAUUAAAAUGAACAAUAUAUGAAAAAUUAUAUCCAUUGUUGCUACUGUUUUAUCUAAAAUAUAAUAUGUUGCACCCCUCUUCUUUUCGGUUUAGAGUUGUAUAUAAAUUUUAAGGUUUGUCUAUAAUAUUGGCUUACAUGUGUUAAAUAUUUAAUAAAAAACUUCUGUUUCACCAA